UUUCCCCCUCGAGGUUCCAGUCAUUUGGCAGUGCGACCGCCGCCGCGUCUGGACGCGUUUUCGCUUGGCUGCGUGCGGAUACGGGCAGUGACACCGCCGCGGGCCGGGCCAGGGAGGCAGCCAGCCAGACAGACAACCGACCAGGAUGGGCGUCCACGUGGAAACCGUUUCCCCCGGGGACGGAAGGACUUUCCCUAAGCGAGGCCAGACCUGCGUGGUGCACUACACGGGGAUGCUGGAAGAUGGGAAAAAGUUUGACUCCUCCCGGGACAGGAAUAAGCCAUUCAAGUUUGUGAUGGGCAAGCAGGAGGUCAUCCGCGGCUGGGAAGAAGGGGUCGCCCAGAUGAGCGUCGGCCAGCGAGCCAAAAUGAUCAUCUCGCCCGACUAUGCCUACGGCCCUACAGGCCACCCAGGAAUCAUCCCACCCAACGCCACUCUAAUUUUUGACGUGGAGCUUAUAAAAUUGGAAUGACAAGAGGCACCUGCCCUCCCAUUUCCCUGCUCUGGGGUUUGGCACAUGGAGAAAUCCAGAAAUCCUUGCUUCAAGACGAAUGCACAUGAAUUUGUAUGGAGCUUUCCCGGCUGUCCACUACACACUUGGUGUAACCAUCCACCCUAAUUUGAAUGUUUUUGGAUCACUCAGCUCUGCUUCUGAUUCUCCUCCCUUGUUUUCCUCUGAUUUUUGGGGGUAUUUUUUUUACUUUUUAAGAAGCUGUAUUGCUGUAAACCUCAGCUUUUUCUCACUUUUUUUCCUGGUCGAGGUCUUUAAUCUUAUUAUUAUUAUUUUUUGUUGGGUAUUUUGGUGUAGAAUUGAGUUGUGUAUGAUUGAGCAUUACUAGUAAGUAUACUGAUUGGUUCUCAUUAUAUAGGAAUAAUUGCUUGAAGAAGGCAAAAACCUCUUUUUUGGAAAUAACUGUUGUAUUAAAAACCAGUUUGCUGCUGCAAAGCCAUACAAAGCAGUUUAAGGAGCUCUGGAGGGCUGAAUUAUCCGGAAAGCCACGUAGUCAUAGGAGUUGAUAUAUAGUUCUCUGCCUAAAAUCUGGGGCCACUAGGGACCCCUUUCCCCAAAUGCCCUCCUCACUACCAUCCUUGGGGAAGGGGCAGUUUUCACAGUGACUUAAUACUACUAACCUGGUUACUCUGGGGUCUGUUCUUGCUCCUCCCCACAGAAAAAAAUCAUCAACCUCUUUUAACCCCCUGCCAAUAUUGUGGUGUAUGGCAUUUUCUACUGGAUUUUCGGGAAAUUUUUAACUUUUCUCAGUCAGAAUUCCACAACUAGCUAAAUUCCAGAACUUUUGAAGGUGCUGUUUUAUCACAGGAAGGAGGGGGUGGAUCCACGCCGCCUCCCCAGCUAUCAGUGCGGAUAUUACUAGAGAGUUUCUUCACAGAGAUCUGAUGCUGGUCAUCGCAGCUUGCUGUAACAGCCUCUUGUACAAUGCACCGAACCCCUCUCCCCCUUUCUCCUGGUGUCCUGCCGACCUUGCCCCCCUUUCCCUGCGUAGUGAGUUUUCGUAAGAGAAUUGCCGCUGCAACGUCCUCAGCCACCAUCACCACGUAAACAUAUAGAGUUUUAUUAUCACAAUAAAAAUGCUUUAUGCUGGCUUUUCUCAA